CCUCUGAAAAACCCUAAACCCCAAUAUUUUCGCAGCAAGAGAGGUCAUAGGGGGAAGCGAAAAUCAGAAGGUUGCGAUAUAGUUAUGAUGGCAGUUAAUGAAUGCUUUGGUUUAUGCAUCAGAGGGUAUUGGAGUCCACAGUCAACUUGGGAAAAAAAUAAUAUAAGUACCAAUUUUUCUGGGAAAGAAAUUGUUGAACCUGUGAUGAGAAUGUAUACUGAGGCAACAGAUGGCUCUUAUAUAGAGACCAAAGAGAGUGCCUUGGUAUGGCACUACUAUAAUGCUGAUCCUGAUUUUGGAUCUUGGCAAGCCAAGGCGCUAUUGGAUUAUCUUGAAAUUUUUUUUGCAAAUGAACCCUUUGUUGUAAAGAAGGGAAAACAUAUUAUUGAAGUCAAGUCACAGGGGAUUACUAAAGGGCUAAUUGUAGAGGACAUCCUGUCCCAGAUGACCAAGAAAGGGAAAUCCCCAUAUUUUGUACUGUGCAUAGGGGAUGAUAGAUCUGACGAGGAUAUGUUUGAGAGCUUACUAACCAAAGCUUACGGUGGAACCUCUUCUCCUGCACCAGAAAUCUUUUCAUGCACUGUUGGUCAGAAACCAAGUAAAGCUAAGUACUACUUAAAUGAUACUGAGGAUGUGAUGGGGUUGCUUCAAGCUCUUGGUACCAUUUCAGGGCCCAAAUCAUCAUUUCCUGAAGAAUUACUUGUAUACCUUAUAGUUGUCCAUUUUAUUUAGGAAGAAUUAUGAAAAAUAGGACAUUCAGUAAUAUAAAUCUUUGAACUAUAUGUUGUGUUUUUGGUUAUUAGUAAUGGAAUUUCUUCAUCCAUUUUAUGUGUAUUUUUUU